AUGGCGAAAAUUAUUUUAAUCUGUUUACUGAGCGUGUUAGCCUGCGUCUCAGGGCAACGCAUCACCACCAUUCACCUGGAUGGCGUUCAAUACUUCAUUAGCCGCAUGAAUCCCUAUUCACCCGAGCUCAACUAUUUCCUGGCCUAUCAGUAUUGUCGUUCAUUAGGUCUGCAAUUGGCGUCCUUUGAAACAAAAGAGAAAGCUGAGUCGAUGACCACAUACUUGAAGAAUGCCGGCUAUGGCAAUUAUGAUUUCUGGACUUCCGGUAAUCGCUUGGGCACGGGCAUGUUCCUAUGGAUGAGUACUGGGCUGCCGUUUAAUGCGACUUUUGACUUCUUCGAGAAUUCAGCUGAUGCUAUACAAGCCGGUCUGCUGGAUCCAGUUGAUCACAAUAGCAAUACAUCACCACAGCGGACGGCGCGCGACAGCAGUAGCGGCGCCGAGAAGGGUUGCGUCAUUUUGAAACAGCCAACCUUAAAGUGGAUGCCCGAAGAUUGUUCGGCCGUGAAAGAUUUCAUCUGCGAACAGACCCGAUGCUAUUACUACAACUAUGGCAGUAUUCCAGUCUCGUCGGCGCAGGGCCGUCCCGUCACCUCUACAACUUCACGUCCCACUGUCGACCUAACAAAGCUGAGCCUAUCCACGACUCCGUUACCGCUCACCAUGUCCACAUACACACCUUUCUCGAAGCGUUCACAUCAGGAUGAUCACGAUGAGCCGCAAUUGUCAUUCGUCUCCUUGAAUCUCGAUCAUGAUCUUGAGAGUGCCGAGGAAGAAGCGAAAAACGAUGAACAUGAACAUGAACACCAACACGAACACGAACAUGAACAUGACAACUUUGAUGCUGAAGAUGAAGACGAAGAUGAUAAGAAGCGUACACUGCCCGUAUACGAGAACAACAAUUUGCAUGCCAUCAAUAAGGAGUCCGUCGAACAACAUGCCGAACAGGAAGCACACCAAGAUGCCCAACAAGAAGGUGGCGAAGAGGAAGAAGAUGAGACUGCUAAUGAGGAGAAUAUUUCUGUCUCGCAUGAGGAUAGCUCCGAUGAUGUGGACACCAAGAGCAACAGUGUUGGCGAACAUCAAUUGAAAACAUUACCUGUACCGGCUAUUGCUGCACCCGCCGAAGUGCCCACCGUCGAAGUGCGUCUAAAGCAGAUUUCGCAAGAAAUCGAAAAGAUGGCUGCAGCCAACAGUGAGAAUCAACGUCAUAACAAUGCGCCUGUGGGUGUGCUACAUCAUGACAACAACGACGUCGAUCGGCAAUCAUUCCUCUCACUCACCGAUCUCAUACGUACGCUUCGCCCCAACAAUAAACAAAUAAUACCGCAAAUCGAUUCGGAUUAUUCGAAUGCUAUGCGCGUACUCGGCGAGACCUCCGAGGUGGUUAACAAUGAGGAGGCGCACAAGUUCUAUGACAAGGAUAUGCAUUAA